AUGAGACAGUUCACAGAGGGCAAAGAAAUUAUAAGGCCAGGAGUAACCAAAUUUGCUUCAGCAUUUCUUACUUUGAACAGCAUUCUAGAGAAGAAGGAUGAGCUAAGGAAGAUGGUGGUUCAUAGCAAAUGGGACACAUUAAGAGAAGUGAAGUCAAAAAAAGGAAAAGAUGCAACAGCAACAAUGAUGAAUCCAGAUUUUUGGAAAGCUGUGAAGAUGUGCUUAAAGGUUUUUGAGCCUCUAGUAAAAGUUCUUCGUUUGGUUUAUGGGGAUGUGAAACCAUCUAUGGGUUUCUUGUUUGGAGAAUUAGUGAAGGCAAAGAGAGAGAUCAAGCAGGCCUAUGGCAAUGUGGAGUCUCGCUACAAAGAUGUCAUGGAUAUUAUUGAGAAGAAGAUGAAAGGCCGACUUGAUUCUCCAUUGCAUGUGAGUGCAUACUUGUUGAAUCCAUAUUACAGUUAUUCUGACAAUUCAAUCUUUGAUGAUGGGACAAUAACAGAAGGGUUUAUCACUUAUGUUGAGACCUUCUAUCAUGAUGAUGAGGACAAACAAGAUCAGGCUGUAAACAUUGAAUUAAGGAAAUUUCAGAAUAGAGAAGGUCCUUUCUCAAAAAAACUUGCUAGGACUUCUCAUAACUUCGAUUAUAACCUAGGUAACUUAGUUCUGCACAUCAGCCCCUUGAAUAAUUAG